AAAUUUGUGCCAAGAAAAUUCUAUUCCACCGCCAUGAACUUGUAGUUGCAAUUGCAAACCCUUCCAGAGUUUCUUUCCUCCUCAACACGCAUGCAGACCGACUCCGGAACUCUCCCUGCAACUUCGCUCCAUAACUUCCUCUGCAUGCGCCCUUAUAUAAUCAGAUUCCCAUCUUCCCAACCGCAACCCGUAGCAGCUCUUCCCUCGUUGCCCUACGUUCCACCACCGUUGGCCGGAUCAGUUUUUGCGUCUCUCUCCGAUUCAAAGACCGGCGUGGGACUGGAGGACAUUCCCCACACAUACAAAAAUGCCUUUCAUUGCCAGUGCAUCUUUCUCUGACUUCAUUGGCUUCUUCUUCUUUCGCACCAUCCUCAAUUGGGCAUGUCGGUACCGUAAGAUCUGCGAAAGAUUUCAUCCGUCACCGUCCAACCAAUUUCCCGGUUCCCCCUCUUUCGAUGACCAGAAGAAGAUGAGUUGUAGUGCUCCCAGGGCCUGCCCCGAUGAGGGCCUGAAAUUGAGCGGGGAGGACCUUGAGGUUGCGAUGAAGAGGCUGGGGCUGUGGAGCGAGGCAGACGCGUCGGGCCAAGACCUCGGCGAGAUCGCCGAGUUGUUCGACGAGAAAGAACCAAGCUUUGAGGAACUGAACGACGCCUUCAAAGUGUUUGAUGAGGACGGGGAUGGGUUGGUUGGUUCGGAGGACUUGCAGAGAGUGCUCUGCAAUCUGGGGUUCAAGGAAGGCUUGCAGGUGGAGAAGUGCGAGAGAAUGAUCAGCGUCCACGACAGGAACGGUGACGGCAGGGUUGAUUUCGAAGACUUCGCGACACUCAUGCGGGAUUGCCUUUGCUAGAUUUCCGAAAGGAGAAGAAAUAAAAGAGACAUACCAUCACAUCUUCGGGAGCUUAUGAAUUCUUUUACUCGUUUCGAUUCUCAUGUUGUAAAAAUGCAGACUGCCGAACAAUAAUUCCAUCGUCGCGUUUGAGAGGAUGAUA